CAUUUUUCGUUCUGGACUGUGCUUCACAGCAUUGAUCUUUUUCAUUGUUUUUGUGGUUGAUUUUUUUAUUUUUUAUUUUUUACUUGCAUUUUUCUCGCUUGUUCUUCGGGCCUUGUCUGCCACGCAAACUGCCACUUGAGCAAGCUCUCCCUCGCUGGAUUGUCACUAACAUUCUUAACGCAUCAUCUCGCCUGCACCACUCGACGACUGGCUUGAGUCACAAUGUCACGACCAUAUGCUGGAUUUCCCGAGAACGGCGUCUUCCCUGAAGAUGAGCCGGACGCCGCGCCUUGGACUGACAAGCAGGACGCAGAGCUGCGUUACUGUGUCGACUCGUGGGACGUCCGCAAAGAUUGGACGGUGAUUGCCGCUCGCAUCCCGCCCCACACCGCCAUGCAGUGCGCCCGCCGCUGGCAAAAGCUCAAUCCUCAAAUCGUCCGAGGCUCGUGGACUCCUGAGGAGGACCUUCGCGUUAUUCAACUGGUGGACCAAAUUGGCGCUUGCCAAUGGCCAAUCAUUGCUUCGUUCCUGAUUGGGCGAAUCGGCAAGCAAUGCCGAGAGCGGUACCACAACCACUUGAAUCCCAACAUUAAGAAAGAUCCCUGGUCGACGGAAGAGGACAAUUUGCUCCUGGAGCUUCACGAGCAGUUUGGAAACAAAUGGGCUGAAAUUGCCAAGCACAUGGAAGGACGCACCGACAAUGCAAUUAAAAACCGGUACAACUCGACGGUGAGUCGCCGCGCGGAGCGGAUUGCUUCCGGCCACGAGCUGACGCGGCCUCCCAAGCCGAAAACGACCGACCUGAACUCAAGCAUGUGCGGCACGCCAAGCUCCGCUGGCAACAACUUUUCGUACUUGGCGCAAGACUCGCCCACCACCACGAGUGACGAGCUUGAUCAGUCAAAGCUGUCAACCAGCUCCUCGCACAAGGGCUCGGCCAAACGUCGCAUCACCAAACUCAGUCCGAGUGAGCUUGCUGCGGCCACACCGACGCUCGCCAAGAGCUCAUCCAAGGGUCGCGCCUCCACAGGACGGGCUGCCGAGACAGCCGCAUCAUCGAGCGGGCGCUCUGGCUCGACCAAGCAGAAACCGUCUUCCAAGCGCAACUCUGGCUCCAGCCUCCCGAUGCCUGCGAGCGCCAAAGCCGUCAAAGAGCAACGAAAGUUAGACACUUCGGUCAUCAUGCACGGCGGCAACGACGAGACAUUGCUCGAGGAUGAGGAUCCCAACGCUGAGCUGCCAAUCAACCCUCUCCCGCUUUCAACCGCGCUGUUCGGAGAUCAGUUUGGUGGCCCCGCCAACACCAACUGGACUGAGCUUCCGAUGCAACCCAGCACCAUGCCAUUGACACCUUGGCUCAACCGCGUCGAGGCUGACAUUGACAGCAUGCGCAUGUUUGGAGUGCCCGCAGCGAAUGGGACUGGCGUCGGGCUGACGCGGGUCCCCACCGUUCGUCGUCUCCCGUUCGAUGCAAUCAACAGCUCUGCGUCAAUGCUGAUUACUGAGAGUUCCGGCCCCAACACGUACGGCGAUCAAGCUUUGAGCAGUGUGUCCGCCAUGAACGUUGACGCCAGCGACACAGCCACCGCCAUGAAUUGUGCUCCUAUCGAAGCGACCACCCCAUCCCGACUUGUUAACUUUGGCUCCAUGGCAACGCCCUUCUCGCCCUCCAUCUUUUUGACCACUCCGUCUCCCAAACAGGCAAAGCGACUGUUUGUCAAGCCCGACCAACAACAGUCACCACGACAGUCGUCAUCGUCGUCGUCUUCGUCGCUUCCUCCACCCGUGCUUGUUUUUUCGGCAGCCAAUGAGGUCACCCAAGGCCAAAACGACGCAAUGGAAGCCGCCACCAUCCUGGAGUCCAUCAGCUCGCCCGUUGCCACACACAGAGCGUUGGCCGGUCAAGGCAACACCAUGGCUCAACCAACUCGAAUGUCGGCGCGUUUAAGCAGCGCGCGUCAUGGGGCUACGUUAAUGACCCCGGCACGCUCGAGCCAAGCACCAUCAACCAGUGUCACCCCGUCGCCUUUUAAACGCGCAAUGAACCAAGUUCGCAUGGAGAGUGGAGUUGAUUCUCGGCCCUUCCCCGAGUUUGCGUCACCAAUGCCUACAAAGCGCUUUACUGGACAGUCAACAACCAUUCGUCAGCCGUUUGGAUUGCUGAGCAACACGUCAGGUUCCCCGUUUCCUUUUGGCACUGAUGCUCCUGUUGUCGACAAAGCAGACACGGCUCAGCGUGCAGACCAUCCUCAACAAGCGGAGGCAGAGGUGGCCUUGGGCAACAUUCGCUGCAUGGUUCGACGCAAUCCCAACCGUACACGCAUGAUGAAGUCGCAGCCAAAAGUGUUUGCGCAGCCUUCCGCACUCGUUCCUGUCGUGGACACUGGCGCAAUCCGUCGACGCAGUUCGCCAAGUGCAGCAGUUGCAGUUGCAGCAGCUGCUGCUGCACACGACUCUGACGCAACAGCAAGCGACGUUGCAGCAACAAGCGACACCUCAUCGCAAGAUUCUGUUGUAUUCGGUGAAAUGCGGGAAAUCAAUGGUGCGUCGCAGCUCAGCCUUCAAGGCCAAGACCCGAGCUUGUCUCGUCACCUGCAGGCCAUCAAUCGUCGUGUCAGCCCUCCGAUGGAGCGCUCACAGCGCCCGAUAGUGCCGCGCAAAGGAGACACGGGCUCCUGGAGCCGUGGUUGGCUUUCCGGUGUGCAAAUGUCCGAGGAACAGCGUGAAAUCGCCACCGGCCAAUCCAGUGAUAUGAUGGAGCUGAUGAAACAAGCAUCCCAGCUCGCCCGCGCCACGGCUGCCAGCGCGCCUGCCUACUAAAGGUGGCACAAAAGCGUCGUCAUCCACAAUUGAACAACACCCUCCAUUUUGCAUGCCUCGAGCUGCGUUGGCGCUCGUUGUGAGACAAGCUUGGCGAUUGAUUGAGGAUACGGGAAAAGAGAGCAGUACUGGUUAGUGGAGUGUGCUUCUAUGUUUAUCCAAUAUAACGGUUAUG